AUGUCUAAAAGGUCAGCUUUUUUACAAAUUGGUAAAGAUAUCGAUGAAGUUGAUGAAGUAGAUGCUGGUUUCAAGAAGGCUUCAAAGGACGUGAUGUCCAAGAGGAAGAUCAUCCAGCCAAAAGGAAAGAACUUUCAAUUCAAAUCAACUCCAAGUUUUUCACCUCCAGUCACCACAACUGCUGUUCAAGAUACCUCCAACAAUUCGUCAGGGAAGUCUGAAAUGUUGAAAGCUUUGAAUGAGAAAACUAUCGAGGCAUUGAAAUCUUAUGAUGGGGUUGUUAAUUUCAAACCUAUCUUCGAUAAAUAUAAUGAAUAUUGGGAAAAGAUUGAAUCUGGAAAGUUCCCAGAGUCUACUGCUAAUCCAGCAGAACCAGUGAGCAAACCAGUUGUCAAACAAGCGGCUAAAGCUCCAUCCAGUGAUUCAGAAUCAGACUCGGAAGAAGAAAAGAAAGAAAUUGUUAUUCAAGGACCAACCUUUACCUUGUCUUCCAAACCUGUGAUCAAGAAUUCCCCCUUUUCUUUUGGUGAAAAGAAGAAAAAGCCUGAUUCUGAUUCCGACUCUGAUUCUGAGUUUGAGAUCAAAGGUCCUAAAUUCGAAUUCAACAAACCCAUAAAAGAUAGUGUUUUCAAAUUUGAUCAACCUGCUAAACCUGUAUUUUCUUUUGGAUCUACUGCUAAAGUCGCUGAAAAGCCAGUCGAUAAACCUGCUGAAACUCCAGCUUUUUCUUUCGGAUCGUCUGACAAACCUGCUGAUAAACCAGCUGAUAAACCAGCAUUUUCGUUCGGUUCCAAUAAUGAAAAAUCUGCCGAAAAACCUGCAUUCUCAUUUGGUACCAGCAGUGACAAAUCUACUGACAAGCCUGCAUUCUCCUUCGGUAAUACUGCUGAAAAACCUGCGGAUAAGCCUUCCUUUUCUUUUGGUAACACUACUGAAAAACCUGCUGAAAAACCUGCAUUCUCAUUUGGUAAUAGUGCUGAUAAACCUUCAGAAAAACCUGCUUUUUCUUUUGGAUCAACCACCAACGAUACUACUGAGAAACCUGCUUCAACAUUUUCCUUCGGAUCAUCUGAAAAAGCUGCUGAUGAGCCUGCUUUCUCAUUUGGUUCCGCUAACAAUGACAAACCUGCUGACAAGCCAGCAUUCACAUUCGGAAAGACUGAAGACAAACCUGAGGAAUCAUCUCAAAAACCUGCAUUCUCCUUCGGAGCAUCUUCUGACAAACCAGCUUCCACUUUCAAAUUUGGAUCUUCAGAAAAUGCAGACAAACCUGCAUUCUCUUUCGGCUCCACUGAUAAAGCAUCAGCAUUCUCAUUUGGCUCAUAUGAAAAAUCAUCCGAUAAGCCUGUAGAAAAACCUGCAUUUUCAUUUGGUUCCAGUGGAAAAGAUGUUGAUGCAUCAUCUGCGGCUGAUAAAAAAGAAGCUAACGACAAACCAUUGUUUUCUUUCACUCCAAAGCCACAAGAAGAAUCAAACAGUAAACCAGCUUUCUCGUUUGGUGGAGAUAAACCAGCUUUUUCUUUUGGAGGUGAUAAACCAGCAGCCUCAUUUUCAUUCUCACAACCUUCAGAACAACCAACUGAGGAUAAACCUAAAGAUGACGAUAAAGUGGAAGAAACUGAGGUCGAAGGAAAUUUCAAACCCGUCGUAACAAUGGACAAGAAAGUUGAAGUUGAAAAUGAUGACAAUGAAACCGUUCAAUAUACUAAACGUACUAAAUUAAUGUUAUUUGACAAGGAUGCUGAUCCAGCUUACAAAUCUAAGGGAUUAGGGGAAUUAAAGAUCUUAACCAAUAAAGACACUGGAAAAUCUAGGGUUUUAAUCAGGGCCGAUGGUGGAUUAAGAGUGUUGUUAAACUAUUCAAUCCAAAAGGACUUCAACUAUGAUACUAUUGGUGAUGGGUUAGUUAGAUUCCCUACCAUCAACGGUGAAAAGAAAUUCGAAACCUAUGUUUUCAGAGUCAAAACCAAAGCAGACGGUGAGGAAUUGUUGAGUAAAUUGAACGAAUUUAAAUCUUAA